AUGCGCCCUAUUUUGUUGUCGGGACAUGAACGUUCCCUGAACCAAAUUCGAUUCAACCGCGAUGGCGAUCUUCUUUUUUCCGUUGCGAAGGAUAAAAUUGUUUGCGCAUGGUGGUCGGCAAAUGGCGAGCGUCUUGGAACGUACUCUGGUCACCAGGGUGCCGUCUGGACUGUUGAUGUGAGCCCUAACACCGUUCUUCUCGCGACUGGCUCCGCAGACAACACCGUACGGUUAUGGAAUAUCAAGACUGGCGAGUGCGUGAAAGUAUGGGACUUCCCGACAGCCGUGAAGCGGGUGGCAUUCUCUCCCGAUGGAAGCCAGUUGCUGGCCGUCACAGAAAAGCGUAUGGGUUUCCUGGGUACAAUCGCAAUCCUCGACAUCGCCUACGGUGAUGGUGAGGGAAACAACCUAGACCAGCAGGCUGAUGAGCCGACCCUGCGCAUUACCUGUGAUGAGAGCAAGGCUACUGUGGCAGGGUGGAGCUACUUGAGCAAGUACAUCAUCGCAGGACACGAGGAUGGCAGCGUCAGCCAAUAUGACCCCAAGACUGGUGAUCAGUUGGAGAACGUCCAGGUCCACGAGUUCGAUAUGCAGAUCACCGAUAUCCAAUUCUCCAGUGACCGCACCCACUUCAUCACUGCCUCCAAGGACAAGUCCGCCAAGCUCAUGUCCUCCCGUGACCUCGCCAUCUUCAAGACCUACACCUCCGACACUCCCCUCAACUCAGCCGCCAUAACCCCUAAAAAGGACUACGUGAUUCUGGGUGGUGGACAGGCUGCCAUGGAUGUCACCACCACAUCUGCCCGCCAGGGUAAAUUUGAGGCUCGUUUCUACCACAAGAUCUUCGAAGACGAGAUUGGCCGUGUCCGUGGUCACUUCGGUCCCCUUAACACUAUCGACGUGCACCCCGCCGGUACCGCAUAUGCCUCCGGUGGUGAGGACGGUUACGUCCGUAUCCACCACUUCGACAAGUCUUACUUUGACUUCAUGUAUGAGGUUGAGCGGGAGCAGCAGCGGAAGGGAGGAGAUUAA